AUGAAAAAUAUCUCGGUCUUUCUGAUUGUGCUUGGCCUCUGCAUGAUUAGCCAUGUAUACGGCGGCGGAUUCAGGAUCGGGAACGAACUCAAGAACAAGAAAAAACUCUGGGUGAGCUGUUACUCCGGAGACGACAGGAUAUCUCCGAGAGUAGUAGAACCCGGACAACAUUGGCAACGCAAUUUCGCGACAAACGUUUUUGGGGGAACUCAAUUCAUGUGUACCUUGAGACAAGGCCCUAAUUAUAGACACCAUAAGAAGUUUACAGCAUUUAAACAGCAAAGUGCUUCGGAUAAUGGAGGCCUGUGGGAUUGGAGAGCCAGAGAGAAUGGGAUCUAUUUAAAAGUGUGGGGAGGCAAACAUGCUAGAGGCGAGGUCAAUAUGCAUAAAGCGUUUGAUUGGAUACCUUAG